ACGUUAAUAUACCACAGGUGGGGCAACCCGGACCCAGCCCACUAACGGAUCGAGGCAGUUGUACCACAGCCGUCCUUUUAACUGCUAAAAUGAGACCAAAAAAACUGACCGUUCUGGUGCUAUUGGUUUCGUUCUUCGUCUUGGUGGCAAUAUUCAUAAAACCGGGGAAUACACCGACACAGCAAGAUAGUGCGUUGCGUGGAGCUUUGUUGCCCGUAAAGUCACUGCCGUUAGACAGAACAGGAGAGGACGGUAGGACAACUGUCACAUCCGCAGAGAACGAAAACAAAGAGAGAGUACGGCAUCUUCGUCGGGAAUGUAAACAUUAUCGAAAAGACGAAAAUGGCAGCCAAUAUCUAGAUUAUAUUAUUGUUGACGAGAAAUACAAAAUGAUGUUUUGCUACAUUCCAAAAAUUUCCUGUUCGCAGUGGAAGACUGUUUUCAUAUCUUUGACAGGAUCAGUGAAUUCUUCUGAGUUGAACUUUGGAAACGUCCAUACUUACCAUCAAUCAAAACUGAACUUUCUGCGCAAAUAUUCAUUUCGCAGGAGACAACAAAUGCUUGAGGAAUAUAAAAAGUACAUAGUGGUAAGGAACCCAUUGGAAAGACUUCUAUCAGCCUACAGAAAUAAAUUGGCAGGUAGAGGAAUCAAGGAUACGUCAUUUCGAGAGGCUGGAAAGUUAAUUGUGAAACGUAUUAGAUUAAAUGCAACACGUGAGUCUCUCAAAAAAGGUGAUGACGUCACAUUUUUGGAAUUUGUGAAAUUUCUCACAGACGAAGAUACUAAACAUUUAAACGACCACUGGGAACUGUACGCACGAUUAUGUCGUCCCUGUUUAAUUAAUUAUGACUUUGUUGGAAAAUACGAAACUAUAAAGAGAGAUGCUGACUUUAUUCUAAAGGACAUCGGAGCUCCCCCUGAAGUUCGAUUUCCUUUAAGGUCAGAAAAAUACUCUACAGAGAAAACAAUUAACACAUUUGACAAUUUUUAUUCCCAGAUUCCUGCUGAUUAUAUACAGAAGUUAUACAAUCGAUAUCGAUCGGAUUUCGAUAUAUUUGGAUAUUCAUUAUCGGACAAUUUAAAUGUAACAUCGAUUCCUUAAAUGAAUGCAUUAUAAAUAUACAUGAUUUAUACCUGUUACAUGUUAUUGUUCUUAAAUGAGCUUUUUUUCCGGUUUUUUUGCCAACACUGUUAUUUAUUAUGUUUUUAAAAUUAGUUUCUUCUGUAUAUUUUUUAUUGCCAUCAAUGUUUUAUGAUGUGAUUUAACAGUAUGCGCAAAACAGUAACCUUAAAAAUAGGACUAAAACAGUGGCAAAGAAAUAAAGGAGUGUAGGGUUGAAAAAGGUCACCAUGUUUGUUCAAAUGAAUGACUUUCAUACAAAUUCAAUGUCACAGAGGUCAAUUGCCUUUAAAAACAUUCACACAGCCUUUUCGGAAUUACCAAAGACACGAGGAUAAUGAUAUAUAAGCCAGUGUCAUAUUGGGAUAACGAUCACUAAGUUUGUUCAAAAGAAUGACCUUCACUAAUAUCAAAAGCCACUGUGAUAAGUUAUCUUAAAAAACCGUACAAACAACGUCUUCUGAAUAACUAAAAGACUCAAUGUGAAAAUAUUUGGCCAGCACAGUAGCAUGCAGGGAUACAGAGUUACCAAGUUUGAUCGAUAAAUGACCUUCGCCUAAAGUCGUAAGGUGUCAAUUGUCUAAAAAAAUAUAAACAAUUUCUUCUGAACAAGAUAAUGAUAUUUUGACCUGUAGCACGCAGGGAUGUAGGGCUUCCAAGUUGUUUCAAAUGAAUGAUUUUCACCCAUAUACAAAGUAAUAGGGGUCAAAUGUGUUGAAAACAUUUAAACAUCUUCUGGUUUACCAAAAUGCACGGGGUGGUGAUAUUAGGCCAGUUGCAUGCUGGGAUCAAGUGCUCACAAGUUUGUUCAACUUAAUGACCUUGUUAGGUCAAAGAGGUAAAUGCGUUGAAAUCUUUUAACAGCUUCUUUUGAAUUUAAGUAACUUAGAACCAUAAAUACUGAUAUUUUGCCUGUAGCUUUAUUUUAGGUCACUUUUAAGGUUACAAGCAUGAUAUUAAUACCAGGUGAGAGAUGCAGGCCUCUUGGGCCUCUUGUUUGCUUUGUUUGCAAAAUGCUUGGCAUUGAACAGUUUCCUUUUUAGUCCUACGUAGAUUUAGUCGUAGUAAUUAAAGAUGCAUUGUUUGAAUACAAAUCGGUCAGUUGUAUCAAUCAUAUAGACACAUUUUUGCUUAUCAAUAUGAUAAUGUUGUUUUGCUAUAUUAAUUAAGCACGGCAUUGCCAAACAUACUAAUGCUUAUUGCAAAUAUUAAGCAAAAGGUCAAAAAAAAAUUGUGUCAAGUCAAAGUUAGCGGUAAUCAAACACUAAACUGUCACUAAAUCAAUGUAUUUUCUGAAGUAGUAUUCAGUAUAUUUUAAGCCCAUUUUGCAAAUUUUAUUCGUUGCAGAUUUUUUUUUUUUUUAAAUGGAUGUAGACACGAACAAUCAGGGUGAUUUGUGCUCUUUUUAAUAAUUGGCCUCUAUGGUUAUGACAAAUAAAUUUACACAUAAGACGGUUAUUAUCUGGUAUUUGAUAUGUGUCUAUGUUAUCUCCAGAUGAAACCUAUACGAGUAUCAGAUAGGGUUCCAUUAAUGUAUAAUUAUGAGCAUAUGUAUAUACUUAUAUACAAAAAAAUGACCCUAAAAGAUCUCAAAAGGCAGAAAUAUGGACUGUGUUCCAGAUAGCGUUUCACUGUGUGUGGUAUCUUACAUGAGUAAAUUUCGAGUAAAUUAGCCGUUCAGUAGAUAUAUUUUUGUAUGUAUAUUGUUAUUCUAAUAUGUUUGGUGGCAGUUGUUUUACAUGUGAUAUAUGUUUGAUAUUCAACGGAUUCUAGUUCGGCUCAGUAUAUAUAUAUGUGUGUGUUCAAUCGAUUGUGUACAUCAUUGCUAUCAUAAUUAAAUUGAAUACCAUGUAUCGUUUCAUUGUCUAGCAAUCAGUUAAUUGAUUUAAUAUUGUAGAUAUCAUAAGCCCCUUAAAGUGUACCCCUUUCUUACUUUUGUAAACAAGUAGCACCAGCCUUCAAAGGCAAGUAUAAUACUCAUUAGCUCCAUUAGCAUACACUUUAACCAAAUUGCGUCCAUAUCUUUGAAAAUCCGUCUAGGCCUUGAUCAGUGUGGUCAGUCAAAUGUCAAGGUAACUGUUAUUGAUAAAGGAAUAUUUACGUCUAGAUCCUUACAAACGAAAACUUAUCGUACACGUUCAAGCUCAUACUUGGUACGUGAGCUGCUCUAUGGACAAGAAAGUUCAAAGGUCGAGGUAAUUGGUAUAAAAAUAUAAUUUCAUGAAACGACUGAACAAACCUCAGACUUUAGUAUGCGAAUGGUCUUAGAAAGGAGAUAGAACCUUUUUUUGGCAAAGUCUGUUAAAAUCCAGGUCACUUUGAACGGUUUCGCAAAAUGCCUAAUAGCUGGUCAAGAAGCAGAUCUUUCAAAAAGACCUGCGUUAGGCGAUUACAAUUUUGCACCGCUAUUAACAUCUUCAAUACUUCUACCCUCGAUAUCCAGGGGUUACGCUCAUCUUCGUUCUCUGCACCCCUGGAAUAUGUCAUACCAAAAUUAAGGCA